AUGGCCAUGCCAGUCACAGGCGCCAUCUUGGAACCCCCACACUUCUUGAAGGGGGCCAACAUGAGGUCACGGCCAAUGAUCGGAGGCGAACAACUCCUGUGCAACGACAUCAAAAGAGGAACCAUCAUCUUUACCUCCUCUGGAAAAGAACCAGACCUGCACACCAGCCUGAAACACAAAGCAGAUGAUGGUUGUACAUUCCCUAGCCUGCAGACUCCCUCUAGUGAUCAGAUCGAGGAGGGUCCAAUGUUUGGCGAAGCAGCAGGGUCUGUGGGAGGAGUUCAAGACUUCCUGUCUGAGAUCAGUGAAGAGGAUGUAGAGUUGCUUCGGCAGAGAGAGGAAGGCCUGCUGCAGAUCGAAAGAGACAUGCUGGAUGUCAGUCAAAUCAUGAAGGAUCUGGCUUCAAUGGUUCACGAACAAGGAGACGUUAUUGACAGCAUUGAAGAUUACAUUCAGACCACAUCAUCCAAUGUGGAAUCAGCCAAUCAGGAGCUUGCAAGGGCUAACCAUUACCAGAGGCAGUUAAGGAAGAAGAAGUGUUACCUCCUUGUGGCUGGAGCUGUUGUUCUCACCAUUCUCAUCAUCAUCAUUGCAGUUUCAGCAAGAAAAUGAGUGACUGCUGACAUGGUGGGUGCUGUCAUUACCGCGUCACUACAGCGUACUGACCCAGCUUGAUCCCUGACCUGUGCAGCUGCUUUCCCAUAGAAGGGGGCUGCCCUAUGAAGACACUGCUCCUCCAUCAUAUGAGCCUCUGUUUACACUUACAUCAGUGUGGGAAUGGAGGCUUAUCUCCGUGCACCAGCUGCUCCACAGUUCCAGUCUGAGCCUUUCAUGUAAUCAGCGUUUUGCUCUUGUUCUCCUUGUGGUUGUUUUCUGACUUCAGUGUAAUUGUUCAUGCCAAGGUCAGAAUUGUGAGUCUGCUGGUUACAUCAGAGGAACAAGCUGAAGCCACGCUGCGGGUGGGUCAUGAUAGAACGGGUUAAACCUUUCAGGAGAAACAGGUAAAGAUGGAAAAGAGGUUUCAGGGUGAUGGCCAGGCAGCUUUAAUGUCUUCACUGUAUGCUCCUUUAAGUAUUUUUGCUGCCUUGAAAUCAGUAUUUAUUUGUUAGUACUGUCACAUUAAAUAAGUGUAAUUGUUAUAAAGAGCAAUUUUAAAAAACGUUCUACAAUUAAAUACUGAACUGCGCAAAAAUGUUGUAUUUAGUAUAGUGUGCCGUUUCAGCAAAACAUGAAAUGAUUUCCUGUUGAGAGAAUUUUUUUGAAAGUAAAAUAAUAAAAAUUCUGACAAAA